CGCGCUCGCUUAUAAGCGGCGUGCAAACCUGUCGGACUUGACAUCACUGGGUGUUUCCACGCACGAGAACAUCGGCUGGCUCAAGCGCUUACUCAGAUUCUCUUUACCUGAGCCUCUGCAACGCCGCCGCAAGUCCCACGCCAGUAUGAACAUGAGCAGGUGUCUGAUUACACAACGGGAGGUGCAGAGCUUCAUCGAGGGGUGCAUGGUUGCCGUGGGAACCAAGCCGGGCCACGCCAAAAGCCUGGCGGAGGUGCUGGUGGAGGGAGAUCACCGAGGGCACUACAGUCACGGGCUGAACAGGAUGGACAUGUAUGUGAAGGACAUCCAGACGGGAAUCUGCGAGAAGGACGGCGAGCCCACCAUCGACAAGGAGUCUGCCGCCACGGCGCUGGUCAACGGCAACAACCUGCUGGGGCCGGUGGUGGGAAACUUCUGCAUGGACCUGGCCAUCAGGAAGGCCCGGGAGGUCGGCAUUGGCUGGGUGGUCGCACAUGGCUCCAACCACUUCGGCAUCGCGGGCUAUUACUCCAUGCAGGCGCUGAAGGAGAACAUGAUCGGUAUGAGUUACACCAACACCUCCCCGCUGGUGAUGCCGACUCGAGCCAAGGAGUGCACUCUGGGUACCAAUCCGAUCAGCGUGGCGGCGCCGGCGAAGGACGGGGACAGCUUUGUGCUGGACAUGGCGACGUCGGCCGUGGCGCUGGGGAAGGUGGAGCUCCAUCACCGGCGUGGGGACGGCAUCCCUGAGGGAUGGGGGUGCGACUCGCAGGGAAAGCUGAGCACGGACCCGGGAAAGGUGCUCAACGGCGGGGGCCUGGUGCCCAUCGGGGGCUGCGAGGAGACCGGUGGAUAUAAAGGGUAUGGGCUCGGGCUGAUGGUGGAGGUGUUCUGUGGCAUUCUGGCCGGGGCCCAGUACAGCCGGCACGUCCGCACCUGGAAAGUCACCGACAAAGUGGCUGAUCUGGGUCAGUGUUUUGUGGCAAUAAACCCAGAAAACUUUGCUGCAGGAUUCAAUGACCGGAUGUCCGACCUCCUGACUUUACACAGAAACCUAGAGCCUGCGGAGCCGGAUACCCCUGUUCUUUCCCCCGGAGACCCCGAGCGGUCCAACAUUGAGAAGUGUGCCAAACUGGGCGGGAUCCCGUACCACAUCAACGUGGUCAACCACAUGAAUGGUGUUGCCAAAAAGAUUGGUGUCACCCCCCUGUUGCCCACCAACGUCCCAGUUCCGGAGUAGAGUGCCAUCUCCGAUGAAGCGGAAGCAGUGCAUCAUGGGACUUUUAGCCCUGUUUUUAACGCAUGGCGACUUGGCGGCUGUGUCUGCACGUCAUGAACAUGCAUGUGUUCAGUCUGCAUUCAUCCCUAACAUUCCUAACUUAGUCUGUGGGGGGCUGGGGGGGGCUGGGGGGGGCGGGUACUACUUCUGCAUUCAGUUUAAAGUCCAUGUUAAGGACGUAUGCUGAUUAAAUCCUGGUCAUCGUCUUUUCAUGGUUCAGUUUUUAAAAAUAUAUAUUAUUUUAGUUUGAGUGUAUGUUUUGGCCCAGUCAUCUUUUGUGUAAGAUGAAGGAUGUUUUAGACACUUGCUAAGGUUUCUGCAGACCUGCCUGCUUUACAGUGGUGGGUAUUACGGCAUCUGUGGGUUUGUGCAGGAAUAUACAGUAACCCCAGAGUAGCUUGGACAACAACCCUAUCCCUCCAGAGGAUCUUUCUGUGUAUAUUACCUCCUUCUAAAAAAAAUGAUGUCUUAUUUUCUGUCUGAACUGUUUCCUAAGGCCAUGCAACCUGUGCUCGAGGAUGUUUUGGCACAACUUCCUUUAACAGUAGUGAGGAAGAGUUUGUGCUUUUUGAGAGCCAAGGGAGAAAAAUGUACCAGCCCGAUAUAUUUAAAUAAAAAGAUUUAAAGUUUUUAAUUGUGAAUAAAAGCUAUAUAUAAUUAAUAUGUUCAUAUGCGUAGCCUCUGGAAAGAUAAAAUCACUGUACGAGCUGCUUUGAAGCUAUUUUAAAAAUGCAUUUCUUGCUUUAUACCGCAAUUAUCAUUAAUAUUUUUGAAAAUAAACAUAAACUGACCAAUCA